AUGCUUGCAAAUGCAAUCUCCGAUUUACAAUUAUUUAUUAAGAUGGAACUGUUUUUAGUGCAACCAGAAGAUGUUGCAAAUUAUCAUACUCCUUCAAGCUUGGAAAGAGGUCCUUUUUACAAUUCGUAUGGGUCAGUGUCUAAGUCAUUUGGUAAUCCGAUGUAUGAUUUAGUAACGUAUGCUAGCAAGGGAGAAUAUCCUGCUCUCAAGGCUACAAUGGAGUCUUCUUUUCCAGAUUUUGACUUUACAAAUUUAGUUCCUUGGAAUUUUAAGAUAAUAAAGUCAUUCGAUCAAGCCAAACAGCAGAUCAGUUGGAAUUUUUCAUCAGCAUUCCAAAAUGCUGAUAAAGUAGUUAUGGAUAUUAUUAAAGCUAUAGAAGAUACCCUGAAUAUUCAAGACUGUCAGAUUUAUAAAUAUGAACCUGAUGGAUCCGACGCUUUCUCAGACAUGGGUUAUCCUACGACAUUUUCAUAUUUCUUUGUAGACGAGACAAAGAAUAAAGUGCUGUUCCUACAUAUGCGCGAAGGCGAUGGAGAUUGCGAUAUGUCAGAUGAUGAUAACGUUUCGGACGCAAGAUACGGAUAUGGAUUGUUUUGA